AUGUCAGAAUUCGACGAAGACAAUAUCCUAGACAAAAUUAAAGUUCCGUUCCCUCCCAAUAUCACACCUGAAGAAGUAAUUAUUCUUAAAAAUGGAAAAAUUCCAUCCAAAUCCCCGAAUUGUUUUAUUAUUUAUCGUCGUGCAUUUCAAAAAGAGCUUCGUGCCAGUGGACAUCUUUUUAAGUUAAAUAGAGUUUCUGUUAUUGCUUCUCGUGCAUGGGAAAAAGAGCCAACCGAAGUAAAAAAGGCUUAUAAAGAAGUAGCGCGACAGGUUAAUUAUAUCCUUGUCGAAAUGAGAGCGAGUGCAUUAAGAGAAAAGAAUCAAUUAGAAAAAGAAAACUUAAUCAGACAGCAGCAGCAGCGACAAAUUAGUUUAGAAUGUUUAAGUGAAUCUAAUAAAUUAACGUCAUUGUCAGAUUUUGAUGUUGACGAAUCAAUAGAUAAUACUUUAAAUAACGAACAAUCCCAAUCUCAUUUAUCGCCCUCUUUAAAUUUUACUAAUUUAUUAAAUAACAAUUCACCGCUAUCUGAGUUUGAUUUGUAUCCCAUAGAUGGCUUUAAUUAUAAUGAUGAUAAUUUGCUAUCACCGAUGAAUCAAAUGGAGGAUAGUUUUGAAUAUGUGAAUAAUCAACAUAAUUUCUUUGAAGAUAUGUUAAUUGAACCGUUUUUUAACAGAAACGAGAAGAAAUUCGAUAUUCAAACUAAUAAAUUUAAUUAUGAAAAUGUCCAUUUUGAACAAUUCUUAUUAGACACACAAACUUACGGACAAUGUCAAAAAAAUUCUUCUAUGUUCAAUAAUGGAUUAUAA